AUGAUUAGACGGCGUUUUGUUUGCGCCUCUCGUGCGGCCUCGACCAGUGUGGUGUUCUCGGCGCAGCGAGAACAGGGUGGCCUGCACACUUUUAUUAGGGAUGCGAAGCCCUCCAGCUUCACCGCGCCGCGUCAGGUGAGUAACGCUGACAACGCCCACACGUUGUCGUCCUCGGCGUCCACCGACUGGGCGACGCAAAUGCAGCGGGAGCUCUUUGGGGAAACCGACCCCCUUGGAGGCCAGGCACACAAGGACUACUACCGGGACCCUGCUUGUGGUUACAGUCCGCAGUAUGCACCACGCAAUUUUUCCGAAGGUGGCGCCAUUUCCUACCAUCACGCGCAAAGUCCGCGGGAGUAUGCGGAAGCCACGCAUCAUCGCGGCUGGCUUGACCACGACGUUUCACGGAUGCAAGAAAAUUUUAGCGAGCAGAGGGCGUGGCUGCGCGGGAUGGAAAGCCCCACUGAGCGCGAGGAGUUGUCACGACGUUGCACCGCUGAGCACCAUGUGGCUGACACCCUUGUAGAGAAUCAAUCCCUCCACCUCGUGAACCAGGUGCACAACAGCACGAGCACCAGCGGGAGUGCACUCCGUCAACAAACGGUGGUGGACCGGUAUCAAUUAGCGGGGCAGCAGGCCCCCCUGGCUGCUUCAGAUGGCAUGGGCCGCGAGGAACUGGCCAACGCCUACAGAGUGGCCACUGAAACAGCACGCGAUGAUUGGAUUGCGGAGAAUCUUCGCAUUGUUCAUGGCUUAAGAGAAAAGGAGAAGUACGACUUUACCGUCCUGCAGCGCAGUACUCGCAUUCCUUUUCAGGGUUAUGAUAUGGACCGUUUUCUCGCUCAACAAAAGGGAACUCCGUACGGGGCCCAGCAGUUGCCUCCAAACAUUGCCAGUUCAGACAUGGACGAGGCACAGCGAGCGCUGCGAGAUCCGACGACGACUGUGCCAUCGUUUGAGGCACUCUCUCAGAAGGCCUUUGCGAGGAAUACGGUUCGUGAUCACCCCACGACGGGCGAGGAACUAACGGAGGAAAUUGUCGACUCCAUGCGAACCACGCGGGAGGUAUUCAAGCGGCAGCGUGAACAAGAGCGAGCGCAACGAUUUGGCCUGGGUCGACAGGGUGCCCUGGUGCAAGACGGUGGUCCCGACAAACGCACACUGAAGAAGCACACAAACGACGAGCGCAUCUUGGAUGCCAUGUUUUUUCGUUCCAACGCCUACCGUAAGACACCGACAGAUGAGCACUGGAAUCCGUACUUGCGACAAGACACUACACACGGUGUCGCCCACCUGCUUAACAACAAGUUUGAUAUUUUGCGACGAGAGGAUCGUCUUGCAAAAGGUGAACAGGACCUCACGGAACGCAGUGUGAUGCACUUGGGUGUUCCUAUUCAGCAAACCAUUGACGAGUUUGUGCUUCGUCACUACAACGCCCGUGGGGAGCGGCCGUUAGACUACUUUAAGCCCUUUCCAGGCUUUCGAGACUUGCGGUUGAACCGCAUGUACCGCGACGUGGAAGGGUUUUCUCUCAUGAAGCAACGUCCCGAGUUUCUUGAGUGGGAACUCUUUACACGAUACCGCGCUCACCAUCAGCAGCGACGUCGGAUAGCUCUUCUUCACGGUCUAGAGCCUGUUACGAAUGAAACGGCCCAAGAGCGGGAUGCACGGCGUCGGAAAUUAGAUGAACUCUGUGAGUGUACGCCGUUCGAUGAAAGAGAGCUGCACCUAAACGAUGAUGAGAUGAAGGUAGGCGUUGAAGCGUUGCGCAGUUGGUUUGGUGUGUAUAUGCUUCCCUCUCCCACCGUGGUGGAGGCGGUUGUGGGGGCUACAACCUCCUUAAAUCUGCACUUGUUCCCUCUUCAGGAUGAGAUGGGCACGGCAGACACCCGUGAGAAUGUGUUGAGUGCUCGUUACUUUAACCGGAUGCUCCUCAUGGAGGCCUUUCAGUACCGUGUUGGCCGGGCGUUUAUGGGUAGCGUGAAUGGGAAGGCGCCAGAGCCUGUUGUACAGUACAUGCAGCCACCCGAAGUCCUGCGCCAUUUUACCGCGGAGGAGCGGGCCAUGUAUGAGCAAUACGUGAAGGAGCAAACAUCACAGCAGCUUGGUGAUUGGGCAACCACGAUGCGUCGCCGUCGCUGGAUACCGGAUCGGCAACAGUACGGCCACGUCGUGGCGCAAAGCUACGAGGUGCCUGUGGUGGACCUUGAACACACUGACACCGCCGCCGUCUUGACAGUCUCAGCGAAGGCAUUUGAAAACGAGUUGCUGGCAGCGAGGGGAAACCCCAGCCACAUCAUCAUGGUGGAGGGACAACCCUACAAGCUACGCCCCAAUUCGGGACGCAACGUGGUGCCGCUAUCUGUAAGGCUGGAUUCCGGGGAUAUGUUGGAUAUGACCGAUGAGGUAUUCGAGCAGUAUGAGCUGGAGGUGUUGCCGCGGAACGCCAAUCACGCGCUUAACUACGGCAUUGGCAACUAUGCAUACAACCGCGGGAAUUACGUGGAGACGCAGGAUGCAAUUUGGGAGGCGCAAACCGCGUCUGGUGAAGAAGGUUGGUCACCAGCAACACAUGCAGACGGUUUGCGGGCUGGUUUACCAGUUCGAGCUCGCCGCCACCUGGGCGUGAACUCGGAUGGGUCACGCAUUGUUAGUGUCCCACAACGUGCGAUGAUUGUUGCGUACGACCGACAACCCUUCUUUAAUCCGGAGCCACGGCUCGUACGCGUUGCGUUCCAGUCCGAUGGCGUCGUGGAGGAGGUGCCGUUGUCGGAUAUCAUGAUUUGGCAAAGGCGCUACCACGGACCUGAGCGCACCGUUGGCGACGAGUCGCGGCGGUACAGUCCGAUCAGUCUGCGGCGCUACGUCGACGUCUCCGACCCGUUUAACGAGAAGACAUCUAAGGAGGAGCAUUUCCUCGACAAGUACGAAGUUGCACGCACAUCUGAGGCGGUCGCCAGCAAGUACCGUACCACGAAGCAGAUUACGGAGAUUGAUCAGUGGACGCGGUUUGACAUGUGCCGAGCCGAUAAUUUCCGCCCGCUAAGUAUCUCGCACCGGCGUGAUUAUAUUCGCCUUGGCUACAUGCAUCGCUACACCCCGUGGGAGUGGAUUGCGCUGCAGGAGGCCGAUCAGCCCAUGCUCGCGGAGCAAAUCCGACAGGAUAAUAUUGGCCCGAGUUACUUCUUUUCACUGAAUCGGUACUGGCGGUAUAAGGCGCGACCACACGGUUACAUUCGUCACUUUGACAACGAGAUUCGCGAUUUGUUCCAAUUCAUUGACGGUGUGACGCCGUGGAAGCAGGCACAGAAGAUUCGCACGUACUGGGAAGUGCGUGCGCAUCAUCCUAUGCCACAAUUUAACCGUCCUGAGGUGGCGAUGCACCGCAACACGGUUGGUCUGCUGCCCGCGCACCUGUGGGAGACAGACAAGAAGACGGGCAAGGUGAAGAUGGUGAAGGACUCUGUCAGGGAUUAUCAGACAAAGACGCCACUGCCGACGUGGGUGCAGCUUUAA